UCUUUGGCUCUUCGACCUCAAACUGAAUGCAAAAUGAAAAUAAAAUCUGUAUUACAUCCGAAUUCUGGAACCGGAACCCAGCUGGAAGUUUCUUCAAAUGUGGCUUCAAUUCCGGUAGAUUCGACCUCACAAUUGUCCACAUUUAGUCCUCAGUUAAAUAGUUCAGUUAUAGCGAAUUUAACUAGAAACAAAGAACCCAUAAUUGAGCCUCCUCAUGAACAUGAAAUAAAUCGUGGAGCUAAUGUGGAUGUCGACAACGUAAUAAUUGACGUGGAAGGCCACGAUGCUAAUGAGCAUUUUGCUUUGAGUGAUACGAGGGAAGCAAGUGAAGUAAGUAAAACGAGUUUAAACUGUGACCAGAACUCUUGUUCGUCUGCUGGCAAAGGAGAGAAUAAAUGUGUUAUUGAAGGAGCGACUGCAAUAAGCACGGGUUUAAGCCCUGGUGACACGUCGUUAUCUGGACCUUUUCCUAGCAGUCAUUCUAGAAAGAUGAUGGCUCCCAAUGUUGAUAAUGGCAUUAAAAUAGAGUCGUUAACUCCCGCAGACUCUAGCAAUCUACACCGAGAUCUCGACGAGAAACUUCCUAUUAUUCUACCAAUAACAAAUACUGAUGCAACCCCCCUCACUUCAGUCAAUGUUGGUAGUCCCUCUGAGGAAACUGUGCCAACAGCCAUUGAUUCAAGUCUGCAAAUAAACGAAAACUCUUCUAAAUUUUUGCCAAGAAAUUCUGUAAAUAUCAGCGAAGAAGAAAUAUCUUCUGGAGCCUCUAACGAAAAAUCUUUGCCGAGAAAUUCAGUGAAAAUCUGCGAGAAAGAAAAAUCUUCUGCAGCCGUUGGCGAAAAAUCUUUGCCAAUAAAUUCAGUGAAAAUCAGCGAGAAAGACAACUUAUUUGAAGCUGUUACCGCAGUAGUAGAGCAAAACAUGACCGUAUCAGAAGCGGCUAUGAAAUUCGCUGUCUCUAGAUCCCUGCUUCUGAGCGCUGUCAAAGAACAAUCUUUGUCACAGCUUAUCCAGGCUGGUCAAGCUUUCAAAUCCCAUAUUGAAAAAUUUGCCCACAUCAUGCAGGAUCCUGUGAAUGAAGAACAAGAAAACGUGAAGACGAAAGGACAAGACAUGUCCAAGUCUCCAGUCAAUAUAGGUCCCGACGCAGAAGACGCGGCUACAUGCAUGGAUCGAAACGAACUUUGUGACCUCGUGUUGCUCGGCACAAGAAUGUACUUCGAUUUUGAAGCCGAUGCUGGAGGUACGACAGCUGCUACCGGUGCCAAAGGUACGACACCUGCUGCCAUUGCCAGAGGUACGACAGCUGCUGCCGAUGCCAGAGGUACGACGGCUGCAGCCGGUUCCAGAGAUACGACAGUUGCUGCCGGUGCCAGAGGUACGACAGCUGCUGCCGGUUCCAGAGAUACGACAGUUGCUGCCGGUGCCAGAGGUACGACAGCUGCUGCCGGUUCCAGAGAUACGACAGUUUCUGCCGGUGCUAGAGGUAUGAAAGCAAAUGAUGCCUCUGGCAAAAGUUUCACCAUAAACAACGUUCAUGACAGACGUAAAAUAUUAAAGGAUUCUGCACCUACCAAACAUUCUGUUUCCAACGACGUCCUUGCCAGGCAUACCACACCUCAUGUUCAGCCUGCCAGAGGUACGACAUGCAGAGAUGCCACGAGAACAUUAAAGUCUCGCGUAAAGAAAGAUACUGCCAGAAGUAUUAAAAGUCGCAUUGUUUCAAAGAAGUUUGUUCAAGAACGUAACCUUAGCAAAAAGAAUGUUCACAAUAAAAUGAAGAAUCCUAUGGAAAAUGUAAGCGGAAAUCCCCGUGGUGUAAAACAAAUGAUUGCAGGUGCCAGUGGUAUGAAAUUAGACUCACAAGAAGCAAUAAGUUUGAAAUCAAGCAAAAGUGCCAAACGUACAACAAAAGAGACAGUUGGGAUAGGAACGCAGUUGCAUUCGCUAAGUAAACAUGUCAGUUGUUCAUCAACCAACACUGUUAUCCCUGUUACUAAUAAAAUUAGAGCUGCCAGUCGUAAGAUGCAUGGCAGAGGUACGAGAACUAUCGAUAGGAGGGUGGGAGAUAAAGAAGGUUCCAGAGGUACGCAGCGUGGCGGAGGUACGAUAACUAUCAAUAGUAGGGUGGAAGUGAAAGAAUGUGCCACAGGACUCUUGCCUGAGUCUGAGAAUUUGAAUGUAGGUUUUGAAUCUAGCUUUGAACUAGAAAAAUCAAUGAUGGAAAGCACUGAAGGUUAUGUCAGCCUCAACAAAGAAUCGUCGGACGAAGCUAUUGCUGUUGAAAAUAAUGGUUUUUCUAAGUGUGUAGGUCUGACAAAGGAACCUGUUGGUUGGAUGUGUCGUGGCGAUUCAAGUGACUCAUAA